AUGGCUGCGACCGAGAGCUCCAAACCUUCAUCGCGCGACGAGUCUUCGGACUCUGGAAGCGGCAGCGACAGCGAACAUGAAAGCCCAGCAGCCGUUGAGUGGCUUGCAACAGGCCGUGCAAAGCGGUCUACCGCUGGCAACCGAAUGAAAUCGAUGCUUGCCAACGAAGAACCUGACUCCGAUCUCGAACUGCUGUUUGCCGAAGAUGACAAUGAUGAGGGCUUCACCGAUGUCGGUGAUGGUGGUUCCGACGUGCAGAUGGAUUCAUCAUCUGACGAUGAAGACGAGCAGAAUCAGGGAGAUGACAUGGAAGGAGAGAAGGAGCUUGAGAAGCAAGCUAAAGAGAAGAAGGCUGCUGCACGGAAGCGCAAGGCUCAGGAGGCCAUCCCCGCCAAAUUCCGAAAAAAGGUACGCAUCGACGCGAACCAGACUGCCGCACCGGCUCCACGACCUAAGAAGAAGUCGGAACGAACGAGCUGGCUCCCAUCACCGGCCGACAUGCCUGUCCGUGCCUCUCUUCGACAGACUACGGUACUCAGCAAGGAACAGCUACACUUGCAGAUGAAGGAACGUGAGGCGAAACGGUUGAAGCAGCUGGCUAUAAUGGAGAAAAAGGCCAAAAAGCUCGAGGCGAUGAAGAAGCCACCGAUGACUCAAGAGGAACGACUGGCCGAGGCAGCCAUCGUAGAGAAGCGGAAUUCCAAGUCAUUGAACAGAUGGGAAGAGGCAGAGAAGGCCCGCGAAGAGGAACGGCUGGCCAAGCUGGCAGCGUUGAACAACCGUACGCUUAAAGGACCUGUCGUAACAUACUGGAGCGGGCUAGGCGAAUGGGAACAUCACCUCAAGCAUGUUGGCAGAGUGGCAGAGGAGGAGAAACCCGUCCGCAAGAAGCGGGAGAAGAAGGAAAAGGCAGAAAAGGGCAAAGGCAAGGAAAAGGAUGAAAAGGAGGCUGAGAAGAAGGAGGAUGGCGCACCUGCCGCUAUAGCUUCCAUAUCUGCACCUUCGCCAUCCAAAACACCAGAUGGUCAGCUCGAAUCGCCUGUCGAAACUCAGUCCGCGGCGCCAAAGUCGGUGAAUGCCGAAGCUUCCCAGCCAAAUGGUACUCCUAAAGAGCCAUCACCGGCAACUGUGGCUCCGGCAAAGCCUGCAGAGGCCGCGCCGGCUGUGAAGACGGAAGAUCGGCCUAGCAUCAUGGCACCACCUCCUAUCCCUCCACCGCCGACAAUCUCGCCUACACCUCCUAAACCCGAAGACAAGCCAAGGCUUAUGGCACCGCCAACAAUAUCACCACCGCCGUCACUGAGUUCCAAGUUGAUGGCGCCACCGCCUAUACCGCCGCCCCCCAAGAUGUCUGUUCUUGCGGCCCCUGUCCUCGCACCACCGGUGCUCGCCCCGCCUCUGGGCGGCAUUCACCUUGGACAGCACACCUCACAGCCCAAGUCCAACGUUCUCGCGCCGCCCAACACGUCUCAACACAAAUCUCCCCUCUCAAUGCCUGCGCCGCCUCCACCCCCAACAGCGAGACCGCCGCCACCACUAGCACCACUUCAACCGAUACAAGCCCCAGCUCCUCCGAAGCCAGCGCCAGUUGUCGUAGCACCCCAACCACCAUCACCGCCGCCUGAACCAGCAGCACCGGAAAACCCUCCACCGACCGAGGUUGCUCGUAACGCAUUCAUCCUACGCAACUUUGAUGAGAAUCUCAUUAAGGACAAGACAACUCAAACCCGAGUUCUAUUUGGAAGGCGGAUGGAUCGUCUAGCGAAGCCAGCGCCCCGCCCAGUCUGCGUGAUCACCGCCCACCCGGCCCGCUACCGCGACCCCGGCACGGGCUUACCUUAUCACAACGCCCAUGCUUACAAGGAAAUCCAGCGUUUGCGUCGCGGGGAAUAUAAAUGGAGUAGUCUCCUUGGCGCAUGGGUCGGCAGUUGCACCUUCGCGGCCCGUGGUGUACCAGAGAGAUUCCUGAAAGGGGAUGGUAAACCAAAGAAUAAGAAUUUAGAAAAGGAGGGAGGCAACGUCACCACUGGUGAUGCUACAGAGAAGCAAGAACCUAAAGAGGACAAGGCCACAUCGCCUCCUCAGGAAGAGAAAAGUCAGUCGGAAACGGGGACCGAUAAACAAACGGUGCCCGCACCGUCACCGUCAGUAUCGCAGCCAGCGCAGCCGCAGCCGGAGACGCAGCCGCCGCAACCGCAGGCUCAAAAUCAGACUCCAGAGCAGGUCCAGAACCAGGAAGACCAGGAAGUAAAAUCAGCAGAGCCUGAGCUUGCGCCAGCACCCGUGGUCGACCCGGUUGCGACGCCUGUCUGA